AUGGAUGAUGGUGAUGACAUAUAUAUGCAGUCCUGGACAGGAACUAUCAUUGGUCCUCCCAAUACUGUUCAUGAGGGACGAAUCUAUCAAUUAAAGCUAUUUCGUGAUAUAUAUUAUCCAGAUAAACGACCCACUGUUCUAUUCCAGACUCGGAUCAAUAUGACAUGCCUAUUACUUAACGAGAACCUUUUCUAUGUUGAACCAAGUCUAUUUCCUAUGCUUGGAAACUGGGAAAGGGUGGUCAGCUUAAAAAGGGAGAUGUCAACUCCUCAGAAUCGCAGGCUGUACCAACCUCAUGAAGAAACAGGUAGCAUGUCUAGAUACAGGAACCAAAUGAGCAUGGCCAACAGCAAUCUUCUUCAUUAA